AUGCCGGAAGUCAGAUGUGAGGAUACUGGUUAUUGGGGAGGGGAGAGUAAACAGGGGGCAGAAAGGUUAGAAGAUGACCAUAUGUCAGUAUUACAGAAUUGUAAAGCAGCAGGUAUGAAGAGUACAGACUGCAAUGAACAGCCAGCACUUGUAAGAUCACAGUUACAUGACCCUACAGUUAACCUCCAGCAGAGGUAUCAGCCUGCAAAUCAGCCUGCAAAGGACAAUGACAAGGUUUAUCUCACUGAUAUACCACAGUUUCCAUCAGAGUACCAGUGCCGCCAAACCCCUGAAUGUGACAAUGGAACACCUGCGACAUGUCACCUGACAGAGCAUCUACAGCCACGUGUUCAGCCGGUGAAGGUAUAUGAUGAGCUGUCUGUCACUCCUACUACAACACUUCACUCAGGACAUGGCUGCAGCAGGAACUCUGAACGUGACACAACUGAGAGAUUUCAUGCAAAGAAAGAAAAGCACAAGUGUGCUGAAUGCAAUAAGUCUUUCACACGUGCCAGUGGCCUGAAACAGCAUCAAUCCAUUCACACAGGAUUGAAACCAUAUAAAUGUACAGAAUGCAAUAAGUCUUUCACAUGUGCCAGUGGCCUGAAACAGCAUCAAGCCAUUCAUACAGGAUUGAAACCAUAUAAAUGUACAGAAUGCAAUAAGUCUUUCACAUGUGUCAGUGGCCUGAAAAAACAUCAAGCCAUUCACACAGGAUUUAAACCAUAUAAAUGUACUGAAUGCAAUAAGUCUUUCACACACCUAAGUAAUCUUCGACAGCAUCUUGUCAUUCACACAGGAUUGAAACCAUAUAAAUGUACUGAAUGCAGUAAGAGUUUCAGACAGCUAGGCACGCUUCGACAGCAUUAUACCAUUCACACAGGCAUGAAACCACAUAAAUGUACUGAAUGCAGUAAGUCUUUCAGACAGCUAGGCAAUCUUCGACAGCAUUAUGCCAUUCACACAGGAGUGAAGAGCUAUAAAUGUAAUGAAUGCUCUAAGUGCUUCAAAUAUCUCAGCAAUCUUCAGGCGCAUCGUGCCACUCACACAGGCAGGCAUUGGGGUCCUAAUGGAGAGAUGAAAAGUCAGUAAGCAAAGCAGAGUAGUAGUGCUGAAAUCAAAUUCAUCUUCAAGUCUUGCUGAGUUCCUUUG